GAGGGAACAUGUUGCCUAGGAGCAGCAGCAGCAGCAGUGUGCUACACGUGGAGACAACCUCUCUCUGUAAUAAACCAGGGACAGGAGGAAGAAAGAAGGACCUGUUUCUUUUUUUCUGUCUGGCCAGACUCAUUGAGGAAGAGGAGGAGGAGAAGAAAGAUAGGAAAAGGAUCAGUACGCAGAGGGAUUCAGGAUUUGAUUGUGACUGUGAGUCUGACCAAACUCACAGAGGUGGACUAGCAAGAGGAAGAAGAGGAGGAGGAAGAGGAGGAGGAGAAGAGCCAGGAUUUGUUUGUUUAUCUGACAAAACUCCCCAAAGAGGAAGAAGAGGAGGAAGAGGAGAGACUACUGUUUGUUGUCCAUUUGGGACAAGUGGGGUAGUGGGUUUGGACCGGGACUUGGCACACCCCCCAAAGUCGCUACCAUGUGGCAGGAGGCCUUACGGACGCGGGGGCGCUACCUUUUGGAGCGCGGGGGAGAGGGGGGAGACGGGGGAGAUGCCCUGGGGGAUGUGUUUGUAGGUUUUGGGGAGACCCCGACACAGGGACAGGUGUGUGUGGGGGGACAGAAGACCCAGGACUGGCUGUAUGAGUCCUACUACCGUAUGAGCCAACAACACCCUCUCAUUGUGUUCCUACUGCUCAUAGUGAUGGGAGCAUGCCUCGCUCUACUGGCCGUGUUCUUUGCCUCCGGACUGAACAUGGAGGACCACCUAGCGUUCCUGAUCACCGUGCCCACCACCCUCUUCCUCUUCCUCUCCAUCUUCAUCCUGGUCUGCAUAGAGUCCGUCUUCAACCGCAUGCUCCGCCUCUUCUCCCUCCUUAUAUGGGCCUGCCUGGUUGCCAUGGGUUACCUCUUCAUGUUCUCCGGGGGGAUCCUCUGUCCUUGGGACCAGGUCUCCUUCUUCCUGUUCAUAGUGUUUGUGGUUUACACCAUGCUGCCGUUCUCCAUGAGAGGAGCAGUCAUAGCCAGCAUCAUCACAUGUUUAUCACACACAAUCACACUCAGUGUGUGUCUGGCGUCUACUGCAGAGGCCUUUGAACCACUGGUGUGGCAGAUCCUGGCUAACAUCAUUAUCUUUACGUGUGGUAACCUGGCUGGAGCGUACCAUAAGCACCUGAUGGACCUGGCCCUCAGACAGACCUACCAGGACACCUGCAACUGCAUCAAGUCCCCCAUCAAACUGGAGUUUGAGAAACACCAGCAGGAAAGGUUACUGUUGUCCCUGCUCCCGGCCCAUAUCGCCCGUGUGAUGAAGGCAGAGAUCAUUCAGAGGUUACAGGGACCAAGGGACAGGGACUUCGGCCGGGCAGAGGGAACCAACAACUUUCACAACCUCUAUGUCCAACGACACACCAACGUUAGUAUUCUGUAUGCAGACAUAGUAGGGUUCACUAAACUGGCUGGUGACUGCUCACCCGGAGAACUGGUGCACAUGCUGAAUGAAUUGUUCGGCAAGUUUGACCAGAUCGCCAAGGAGAAUGAGUGUAUGCGUAUAAAGAUCCUGGGUGAUUGUUACUACUGUGUAUCAGGCCUACCAGAGUCUCUCCCACACCACGCAGGCAACUGUGUCAAGAUGGGACUGGACAUGUGUGAGGCCAUCAAGAAGGUGCGGCGAAUGCUACUGGGCGGUUCGAAUCAAUAUGCCGAGUCGGGGGUGCAUUCUGGGAACGUGCUGUGUGGCGUCAUCGGCCUCCAGAGAGUGGCCCAAUACGAUGUCUGGUCCCAUGAUGUCACUCUAGCCAAUCACAUGGAGGCAGGGGCGUGCCAGGGCGGUAACAUUGGAGCAUCUGAAGGCUCCUAUAAGGCUGGGAAUCAGGGGGAGGGCGACAAAGGUAGAGACUUUUACCGAAGGAACACGAAGUCACUCACCUACCUGGUCUCAACCCCAAGGACUAAAUCUCAGAAGAGACGGUUUGAAGAGGAACUGGAAGAGAGGAUGAUCAGAACCAUCGACGGCAUCAACUCACAAAAGCAGUGGCUGAAGUCUGAGGACAUCCAGAGGAUCUCACUGUUCUUUCACAACAAGACUCUGGAGAAGGAGUAUCGAGCCACCACUCUGCCAGCCUUUAAAUACUACGUCACCUGUGCCUGUCUCAUCUUCUGCUGCAUCUUCAUAGUGCAGAUACUGGUCCUGCCCAAAACAGCAGUGUUGGGGAUCUCCUUCGGCAUGUCUUUUCUCCUUUUAGCUCUGAUCUUGGUCAUAUGUUUCCUAGCCACAUCUUGGGAGGUAGGAUCGUGGUGCUCUCUCCCCUGGCUCCCUACUUCCUCACGCAUCAUCAUCGCCAACAAACCCUGGCUCCGAUUGGUCCUCACCAUGACAACCACCGCUCUUAUACUGGUCAUGGCUGUGUUCAACAUGUUCUUCCUGGAAGAUGAGGUUUUGACCACACCCCCUACCAUGAACCUGACCAAUGACAGCAUUCUCAGCUCCCACAGCCACGCCCACCUCACGGAUGGAAAUAAGUUCUACUUACCUGUGAGUACAUCUACCAGCCGUGUAGGCACAGAAUUUAUCGUACUGUUGUUUAUCCUGGGUUCUGGUGUCAUGUUCGUGUUCCUGAGGAUAAACUACGAGCUGAAGAUGGUUGUCAUGCCAGGCAUUCUAAAGGAUCUGAAGACGAUGGGUUCUGUUUCUCUCUUCAUCUUCUUCAUCACUCUACUGGUGUUAGCACGACAGAAUGAAUAUUACUGUAGGUUGGACUUCCUGUGGAGGGACAAGUUCAAGAGAGAGUGUGAGGAGAUUGAGACCAUGGAGAACCUUAACAGGGUUCUACUAGAGAACGUUCUACCGGCCCAUGUUGCAGAACACUUCCUGGGACGUAACUGGAAGAACGAGGAUCUGUACCACCAGUCGUAUGAGUCGGUGUGUGUGAUGUUCGCCUCCAUCCCAGACUUUAAGGAGUUCUACACAGAGUCAGACGUCAACAAGGAGGGCCUGGAAUGUCUCAGACUCCUCAACGAGAUCAUCGCUGACUUUGACGAGCUGCUGUCCAAGCCUAAGUUCAGCGGGGUGGAGAAGAUAAAGACUAUUGGCAGCACUUAUAUGGCUGCUACUGGUCUCAACGCAACACCUGGACCUGAAUACACACAGGAACAUGACCGUCAGUACAUGCACAUCGGCACAAUGAUGGAGUUUGCCUUCGCUCUGGUCGGGAAACUAGACGUUAUCAACAAACACUCUUUCAAUGACUUCAGGCUACGAGUCGGGAUAAACCAUGGUCCGGUGAUUGCGGGGGUGAUCGGAGCUCAAAAGCCUCAGUAUGAUAUCUGGGGGAACAGUGUUAAUGUGGCCAGCAGGAUGGAGAGUACUGGGGUACUGGGAAAAAUACAGGUAACUGAGGAGACAAGUCGUAUCCUAGCGACGCUGGGCUACAUGUGUUCGUGUCGAGGCAUCAUCAACGUGAAGGGGAAGGGAGAGCUCAAAACCUUCUUCGUACACACGGAGAUGACCAGAUCGCUGUCUCAAGGGACUGUGAUGCCUUAAACAUCAUACACUGAACAUUACACACACACACACACAAACACACACACAUGCAAACACACUUAAACUAUACAAACAAAUGUAUCUACAUACACACAGAUAGACUUGCACACACAUACACACAGAUACGUGCAUGCACAAAUAAAGCACACACAAACAUUCGAGGACUUACACACACACGUAACACACGCACACAGUACUGCCUGCUGUAGUAGAACGUAUCAAACAACAGACUUUGUUUACAACAGUAACUCCAGACCACUUCAUCUAAACCAGACAGAAUGGCAGACAGACAACAUUUAGAACAACAAACAGAACAACAGACAGACGGCUGUACAUACAGUAUUACCUGCAUCGUCCCUCCUUAGCUGGACACAGUAGUAACUGAACUUCACAGGGUAACGUUGUCCCUAGAUACUGAUCUUAGGUCGGUUUUGCAUUCCCCUCUCCCCUAAUGGUUAAGGUUAGGAUGUGUUUAGGGUAAGCUGAUCUUAGAUCUGUGCGCAUGGGAAAUUUCUACCUGGAGUGGAUUUCAUUGACUGCCUGAGUGGUCGAGUGGUGCAGUGCAGACACAGAUAGUCGAAGCCAUCUUGGCACCGAUAGUCCUUUCACUAUUACAGUACUUUUAGUCAGAAUUCAAAUUAAAAUGUGGUGCCAACAUGAAGGAUAGUUUGCCAAACUGUCUAUGGCUAGCCUCUCUCCAUGGCUCUGGAGCAGAAAGCGUCGUGGACCUCAAGAGCAGUCGGCGAAUCAAGAGCUACUGGAAUUUUGUAAGAAAACGAGAAAACAAUAUCAACAACAGGAGAAUGUUUCCAUGUUUUGACGCCAUCAUUUUCUUACUCAUUAAAACAUUUGUAUAUA